AAAUAAAUCGGUAAAUAUAUAAAUAUGCAGACAUCAAUAUUAACUUGUGAAGAAAAUAAUGAUAGAAUAUGUUGAUUAGGUACUGUCUGCGAAUUCGAAAGGAAAUUUAUAGAAUCUAAAAGUUCAAAAAUCUACGUGUGAAGAUGUGACGCAAAUAAAUAAAUUAGCUAAUACAUAAAGUCUUGCAGAAAUAUUUAUAAAAACACGUUUACACGUGCUUUUCUCAUAUCAACAUUAUCUUAUAUCAACAUUAAAAUAACAUUAAAAUAAACGUAAGCUGUUUAACAACACGCAUAUUCGCAGUUUGAUUAUUUUUAUCAAAUUUAAGGCUAAUAGUAAGAAAUUUAAACUGUAAUAAGUUCAACUGUAAUAAUUUAUUUGAAAUAUUUAUAUAAUCAUAUAGUCAUAUAUGAUUUAAUUAAAAUUAAAUUUUAUUUAAAUAUUUAUUUCAAAUAAGAGUGUAUAUUUUAUAAAUUCUACAUAAACGUAAAAUGCAAAUGUAAACUUGAACGUUAAACACUCUCCAUUUAUUUAUGGCUUUAUGAUAUAUCAAUAAGUAUUAUUUUAAUUACGUAAUAAAUAUACAGAUAUUGUUUUUUUUAUGUUUAAAAAAUGUAUGUACAUACAUGUAUGUAAAAAUACAUGUAAAAGGAACGGAGCUAAUAUCAUUUUCGACGUUCAUUUGUAAACGUCCGUUCAUCGAAUCUCUACGGCGUUUGACGGAUCAGCUGAUUUCCAAAUUCUCCGUAUUUCCUCCGGUAAAGGGGAUCCCGAGAAACGGGAGAUGCAAUGAAGGUUACUGCUGUCGUAAAAAGAAUCUCGUAGAACGGGUGAGGCGCAUUAAUUAAACGGGCCGUUUGUCUCUGGUCUUGUCAAGAGAUAUACGUUUGUCAUCAAUCUCUGCGGCACGGACCGCGUUUUUUUUCUUCUUCUAUCGCGACGAUAGCAUUGUUCCUUGACCGGGCAAUGGCUCGCGAUCUUCGUUUUCUCCGUUCCUAACGCGUCGACGGGUGACUUCGGCGAGAAGACACGGAGAUCUCGGAGAUUCAAAGACACUGCACCUGCCCGAUGUAUUUGACAUUUCAUUGAAUCUUGAGAUUAUUCAGAAUUGAUUUUUCCUCGAGAAUACAGGAACUAGCUGAACUAGUCCGGCCGAGCAGGUUUGACCGAAUUGCAACGUGUCUGGUACACACACACACACUAUUUGUUAUUACUUGUUUUAUAGAUAAUGCAUAUAAAAAGAAUUUAUUAGAAUAAUUAAGAAUUUUAUUGAUACCGUAAUGUACGAGCAAACAGUUUUUUAUGUUAAAGAUAGAAAAAAGGAUUAGUUGCAACUAUUCGCAGCAGUAAAAAUCUGUACGCAGUAGUUAAAAUUUAGUUGUAUGUAAUUGGAGUUUUAAUUAUAUUUGUUAUAAUAGCACAAUAAAUUUAAUAUGGCAAGACAACUUUCUGCGAAAAUCAAUGGAGUAUAUAUAUCGCUCAAAAGUAUUUGCUCACUUGGUUUUUCUAAAUUAAAUAAUGAUAAUUUUGAAGAAAAAUAAAUUUUAAUCUCCUUCCCAAUCUUUUACAAUUUUACAUGUUAGACUUAAUAAUAAAUUUAAUCGUUAAAAAUUUCACAUUCUGUAUAUAUAUAUAAUAGAUUUAUAGAGAAUGGAGUUUAGACAUAUAAAAGAAAUACAAUCAAAAAAUCGAGGUGGGCAAAUACUUUUGAGCGUUUUAAUGUAUGGAUUAAAACUGUUAAUAAAUCAUAUUAAAUAAGAUACCAUAUAUUUUUGCUAAAGUAAAAUACUCAUUACGUUAAUAAUUUUUAUUAUAGUAAAGAAUUUGUUUAAUAUAUAAGCGUACUAAUAAUUGCUUUAAGAACUAUCAUAAUUUGUUCAAGUAUUAGUUUCUUUGUUGAACUUCUAUCAAAUCUUAUUGUUGUAUUAUUGCUCAUGCAGCAAUCUGUAGCUUUCCUAAACCACUUAAUCUAUUUUUUCCGUAUAUAAAAUAUGUAUACUGAUCUUUUUGUGUGUUGUGUAUAUUGCUGAUCCUGUUUUUUACUACAAACUCGCUAGAGAUUUGUCUUUCCUGGAUGUAAGAGACAUUAAUAACUUUGCUGAGGUGCUAAUUAAAUCAUUGGCAUAAUUACUUGAGAUUAAACGUUCAGAAUGUGAUGUAAAUCGAUUCUAAGUUAUUUAAAAAUUGUUUUAUUAAAGAACUGUAAAAAAAAUUACAAAAACUGUUGAUUUUAUUAAUUCAGAAUCUCAUUUCAAUCAUCAUGGUGCAUUUUAUUGCGAAGAUUCUUGGUUUAGUAAUCUCUGCGAUUAAGAAUCUUCGCGAGCUCAAAGGAUCUACGUCGCAAGAAAUUCUUCAAUACAUUUCAUAUGUUUACAAUAUUCCGUCUACUGCGGCACGACGUCAGGUACGGAGUGCCUUAAAGCGUGGAGUUACUUGUGGUAUUCUGAAGAAAAUCGACGGUCACUAUAAUCUGCCGACCGACAACGAGAUCGUACGGCAGGAGGUGGCUGCUCAAGAGAUCGGCCUGCUGGAUUUGUACUGCCAGCGGAAAGUUCAUCGAUCGAGAGGCGGUAAGUUGCGACGUAACAGAGGUGCUGGGCGCAGUCGAAGGGUCACCUGCAGGUGCAGUAGGAAAGGUCAGGCGCGACGAAGGUCACGAGGAUGCGGGUCAAGGUCCUGCAGGAGGCGAAGAAAGGGAAGAUGCGAAUGCGGAGAUUCCGGUAGACAGGUAAACGACGAGACGACAGGGCCUAGGAUCGACCCUAUUCUGAACGCUGAUAAAUUGACUGACGGGUCAACGGGAUUGAACCGGACCACGGGAGUAAUCGAAGGGAUCGGCGGCACCGAGCAUAUCAAUCGCUCAAUCAUGCCUUCCGGACAAUGGGAUUGCAGUGUACCGUUAUCAUAUUAAUCGUGGAGAUAUUUCAGUAAUAUUCCCUGGGAGUCUCAAAUUUUGUGAAUACAAUUUUAAUUUUUUUUAACAACAAACUAGAAUUGUUUUGAAAAGUAAAUUUUGCUUCCAGUCUCAUUUGAAUUUGUAAGUACUAACAGUUUUGGAUACAUACAUAUAUAUAUAUA